AUGGGUGCUCCGAAGCAGAAAUGGACUGCCGAAGAGGAAGCAGCACUUAAAGCUGGAGUUAUCAAGCAUGGUGUUGGUAAAUGGCGCACCAUACUGAAGGAUCCAGAGUUUAGUAGUGUCUUAUACCUGCGGUCGAAUGUUGAUCUCAAGGAUAAAUGGAGAAAUCUGAGCGUGAUGGCAAAUGGAUGGAGCUCUAGGGAAAAGUCUAGGUUAGCAGUCAGAAGGGUGCAUCAUACCCCAAAACAGGAUGAACACUCUAUUACUGUCACUCCUGUUGCUCCAAGUGAUGAAGACAUAGUUGAUGUUAAGCCUCUUCAAAUUUCUAGAGAUGUGCAUAUUCCGGGUCCAAAAAGGUCUAAUUUAAGUUUGGAUAAACUUAUAAUGGAAGCAAUCACUAGCUUAAAGGAGAAUGGUGGUUCUAAUAAGACAGCUAUUGCGGCUUUCAUAGAGGACCAAUAUUGGGCAUUGCCUGGCUUAAAAAGGAUGUUGUCUGCAAAAUUAAAGUUUUUGACAGCAAGUGGAAAACUGAUCAAGACAAACUCUGUAGUGUUACUCAUUAUAAGAGUGACGGAAGUGGGUGGGGUGGAAUUUGGGCUUUAUGACAGGACAAUAGAAGAUCUUAGUGUUGGGUUGGCUUUGAUAUAUCAGGUAAAUCGCAAGUAUAGGAUUGCGCCUAUAGCAGCAUAUUCUGACAGAAGAAGAAACUCAUCCAUGUUAUUUUUUGAUGGGAGGCAGAAAACCUCUAUGAAAAUUGAAAAGGAUGAGACCAACAUCCUUACUAAAUCUCAGAUAGAUUUAGAGUUAGCAAAGAUAAGGUCCAUGACUCCACAAGAGGCAGCUGCAUUUGCUGCUCGUGCAGUUGCUGAAGCAGAAGCCGCCAUAGCAGAAGCAGAAGAGGCAGCCAAGGAGGCUGAGGCAGCAGAAGCCGAUGCAGAGGCAGCACAAGCUAUUGCAGAUGCUACAACGAAAUCAGGGAAAGGAAGAAAGUCCCCAAGGAGGGUAAAAACUCUUCCUUCCCCCUCUUUUCUCCUUCAUGACACUAAAAUACAUCUGUAG